UGUCUUGAGGAUGGUGACUGCUCGGGGGAAGCUUCCCAUGGGGAAGUGGGGCGGCUUCCCUCCGCCCAGCCUGCACACACCAGCAUGGACAGGGCUGCUCACAUCAGGCCAGUGCUGACAGCACCGGCCCUUGUAAGCACACGGACCUGAGUUCGAAUUCUAGUUUCAUAGUUUGGAGCUUUGUGACCUUGGGUAAGAGACGUACCCUCUCUGAGCCCCCGUUCCACCUUGCAGAAAAUGGAGUUGGUGACCUUCCAAGGUCAUUGUGGGGUCUGAAUGAGACAAAGGUAUCAGGCACCCAGGAGCUGCUCCACAAGUGGGGGCCGCACCCUCAUCUUCCCACACUGGCCCACAAGGGCUAGGGUUGUAUCCUGCCAGUGAACCCACUGUGACCCUGGAGGCACUGCAUUUCUGCUCUAGGCCCUGGGUCUUCCUUUGUGUAAGGAGGGGACUGGACAGCUGACCUCAGGGGCUCCUUCCUGGACAGAACUUCCGUAGCCACAAGGAAUCAUAUUAUCUUCAAAUACGCAUGGCAGAAGAGGGGGCUGCCCUCAAGGUCACCAGGGACCUGAAAGCUGCUGUCUCUGCCAUCCUCCAGGGCUAUGGGGCCGGGCAUCGGGUGACAGACGCCAGCGCUGAGCUGCACAGACUCUGUGGCUGCCUGGAGCAGCUGCUGCAGUUUGACCAGAAGCAGCAAAAGAGCUUCCUGAGGCCGCCGAAGGACUACUGGGACUUUGUUUGCACUGCCCUAUGGCGGCAGCGGGGGAACACAGAGCCAGCCCGCUUUGUCCACGCACAGGACAAGUUGAAGACGCCCCUGGGGAGAGGCCGCGCCUUCAUCCGCUUCUGCCUCGCCCACGGACAGCUGGCCGAGUGGCUGCAGCUCUGCCUCCUGAGCCCACAGCUCACCAGGGAAUGGUAUGGCCCCCGCAGCCCUCUGGUGUGCCCUGAACUCCAGGAGGACAUCUUGGACUCCCUCUAUGCUCUCAACGGGGUGGCCUUCGACUUGGACCUGCAGCGGCCAGACCUGGACGGGGCUUGGCCCAUGUUCUCAGAGUCCCGCUGCUCCAGUUCCAGCCGGACCCAGGGGAGAAGACCCAGAAAAAACAGAGAUUCCCCAGAGGAGGUGCUUCUGCCUGACCUUCACUCUCAGAUCUCAGCUGUGAAUGGAAGCCCCAAAGGAGUCCUGCCAGGGGAGCCACAUACCAGCCAAGCCAGUGGUCUGCAAGACGCACCAGCAGACCAGUUGGCUGGACUCCUUACAUCCCAGCAAAAGGGGCAUCUUUUGGAAGUGAAGAAAGAAGAUCCCAGAAGCCUCAGGGUCCCCCACAGCAUGUGGGAACUGGAGGGGGAGGAGCUGCAGCAAGACCAGGAGAUGGGAGCCCCAAGGGCGAGCAUCCGCCUGGGAAACUUAACACUCAGCAUCCAGGGUCAGGGGGAGGGGGCCAAGCGGGCUGUGAAGGAGGUGGUAGAGACAGAGCAGGAGGGCAGAGGGGUUCUGCUGAGUGCAGGGGCUCAGAGAACAACAGAGGGGACUCAUGAAAGGGAAGCAGAGUGGGGUCAUGUCCAGAGGCUGCUGGUCUCCAGCUCCAGAGGGACAAAUGAAGACACAGUGUCAAGGAACAGACAGGAGUGCAAGGUGCCUGGCAUUCUGGGGGAGCCCAGCGUCCUUCAGAGCCUGGGAACAAAGGGAGGCUCCACCACCAAGAAGCCACGGGAGCAAACAGGAGGGACUAGUGUGACCAGGACAGAAGAAGAGCAAGCAGACAUGGCCUUGCAGGAUGUGGUCGAGAGCCUCAGACUUAGGCUCCGGAAGACCGAGGAGCAAGCCCAGCACCAGGAGCAGCUGCAGAAGGAGCAGGACAGGCAGCUGAAGGCACUGCAGGAGCAGCUCAUCAGGUGCCAGGAAGAGAGAGCCCGGCUGCAGGCAGAGCUGGAGCAGAAGCGACAGGAGGCUGAAAGGAGGGGCGCCGUGUACGAGGAGGAGCUCCGAGGGCAGCAGGACCUGGUCCUUGCCGUGAAGAGGCGGGUGUUAGAACUGAUUCGAGAGAAGGAUAACCUGUGGCAGAAGGUUCAGCACCUCUCUUCUGUGGCCCCUGGAGGCUGUAUCGGCUGUAGCAAGGUCUUUGGCCGGCUCUCUCGGCGGUACCCAUGCAGGCUGUGUGGAGGCCUGGUUUGCCAUGCCUGCUCUGUGGAUUACAAGAAGCAAGAGCACCGCUGCCCAUCCUGUGCCCAGCAAGGAGAAGCCCAGGUCAUCUAAUCAAGACCCACCCAGGACUGGCCAUCCCACCCCACCUCCCCUCUGCCCUCCCAGAACCUGUGGUCUGACCAGCACUACCUUCUAGAACUUGGUCACUUAAGGCAGAUAGCACUUGAGUUGCCAGACUGUGGUGUGGAGGAUGAAAGGAGCCAGGUUAGCAGGCAGGAGACAGGGUCAAGCCCUGCAUCUACCACUGAAGAGUUGGGUGACUCAGUCAAAGCUCUCAGCUCUCUGGACGUUUUUCCUGUAACACGCAGAAACAUCAGGCACCAUGCCAUGUACUCUAAGGUCCUUGUGGGCUCAGAAAGUCCUUGACUGUGUUGUGUAUAAGACCCAACAGCCUGACUUUCUUCUCCACAUGCCCCCUCUCCCAGGCCACCCUCCACAACACUGCACUGUCUCACGGUCCUCAGGAGCUUUCUGUCUGGGGUCUGUUUUUGUUCUGCUUUGUUUUUAACAGCUUUCCCAAGGUUCUACUAACAUAUAGUACACUUCACAUAAAUUAAACAAUUUGAUGACCUUUGACUUUAAUUCAUACCCAUGAAAUCGUCACCGUACUCAAAAGAAUGAACAUAUCCAUCAGCCCCAAAGUUUCCCCUGCCCUUUGUAAUCUCUCCCGCCCCCUCCUCUCCUCAUUCCCAGGCAACCACUUACCUGCUUUCUGUCACUAGCAACCAGCUUGCAUUUUCUAGAUUAUAUGUGUACACAUAUAUAUAAUUUUAUAUAAAUUACAUAUAUAGUACUUUAUAUAAAUGGAACCAUACCGUCUGCCUUCUUUCACUCAGCAUAAUUAGUCUGAGGUUCUUCCACAUUGUUGUAUAUGCCCGUAGUUCCUUUGUACUUUUCAGUAGUGUGCCACAGCAUGGAUAUACCACAUUUGUUCACCCUUUUCACCUAUUGCUACACAUUUGGGUUGUUUCUAAUUUGAAGCUAUUACAAAU